UUCUUCUGAACUUGCUAUGCUAAGAAUUUAUCUCAUUUCCUCUUUUUCAUUCCACAAAUUCUUUCCUCUUAACUCCAUUAUCUCUUUAAACCCUAACCCUAGAGUCAGAAUCAUGUCUUCCCGCCCAUCCGCCUUCGAUGCUCUCAUGUCACGUGCCAAAGCUGACGCCAAGAAGAAGAAGCUUCCUCAACAACAUACAUCUCCAUCGCCCAAAAAGCUUAAAUUGGAUGAAACUACAAAUUCUAGCGAAACCCAAAAUCUCAAAUCUGUUUUCAAGCAGCCAAUUGAUGAAACCCAAAUCUCUAAUGAGGCAGAAGACCUUAUUAUUAAUGAUUCCAAGAAGGAGCCUUUGGAGAACCCUCUAUUGAUUACUGCAGAUGAAAGCAUAACUGAGCUCAGGAAGAAACCGACAGAUUUUGAUCCAAAAAAAGCUGUAUUAUGGGGGGAAGGAGAGCGGGUGCCUUUCAUGCUUAUUGCUAAAGCUUUCGAUGCUAUUGAUAAGGAGUCUGGCAGGAUUGCAAUAAGGGACAUUGUCUGUAAUUUGUUAAGGACUGUUAUUACAACAACUCCUGAUGACUUGCUUCCUGUCGUUUAUCUGGCAGCAAACAGAAUAGCACCUGCUCAUCAAGGCAUAGAGCUUGGGAUAGGAGAUGCUUCAAUCAUCAAGGCUCUUGCAUCAGCUUGUGGUGCUACAGAAACAGAAAUUAAGAAAAAAUACAAGACAUUAGGAGACUUGGGCCUCGUUGCUAAGGCGAGUCGUUCUUCGCAGACAUUGAUGCGUAAACCAGAACCCUUGACAGUUGCCAAAGUCUUUGAUACAUUUCGCCUCAUUGCCAAGGAGUCCGGCAAGGAUAGUCAGCAGAAGAAAAGUAAUCAUAUCAAGGGUCUUCUAGUAGCAGCUACGGAUUGUGAACCUCAAUAUCUUAUUCGCCUUCUUCAGUCAAAGCUGCGAAUUGGCUUGGCUGAACAAACACUUUUAGCUGCAUUAGGUCAAGCAACAGUAUACACAGAAAAACAUUCAAGUGGAAAAGGAAAUGCAGAUUCUUCACUGGAAGAGGCUUCAAAAAUUGUGAAGCAAGUAUACUCUGUAAUUCCUGUGUAUGAUUGCAUAAUCCCUGCUCUUCUUAUUGGAGGCGUCUGGGAUCUUCCAAAGACAUGUAAUUUCACCCCUGGUGUUCCAAUUGGACCCAUGCUUGCAAAACCAACCAAGGGUGUAUCUGAGAUCUUGGAUAAAUUUCAAGACAUGGAAUUUACUUGUGAAUUCAAGUAUGAUGGUGAACGUGCCCAGAUACAUUACUUGGAAGAUGGUUCAGUUGAGAUAUACAGUCGGAAUGCAGAGAGAAAUACUGGGAAAUUUCCGGAUGUUGUUGCAGCUGUUUUGAGAUUGAAGAAACCAUCAGUAACAUCAUUUGUUCUUGACUGUGAAAUUGUAGCUUAUGAUCGUGAAAAGAGUAAAAUUUUACCUUUCCAGAUACUUAGUACCCGUGCUCGUAAAAAUGUGGUAAUAAGUGAGAUCAAGGUUGAUGUUUGCAUAUUUGCUUUUGACAUUCUGUACCUGAAUGGUCAACCUCUUCUGCAAGAGCAACUUUAUAUUCGGAGAGAACAUCUUUACAAAUCAUUUGGGGAAGAACAUGGAUAUUUUCAGUUUGCUACAGCUAUUACAUCAAAUGAUCUGGAAGAAAUACAGAAGUUUCUUGACAAUGCUGUUGAUACUUGUUCUGAGGGAUUAAUUAUCAAAACUCUUAGAGGAGAUGCUACAUACGAACCGGCUAAAAGGUCCCAUAACUGGCUAAAGUUAAAGAAAGACUACAUGGAAAGUAUUGGUGAUUCAUUGGAUUUAGUGCCUAUUGGUGCAUUUCAUGGUCGAGGGAAGCGUACAGGUGUUUAUGGGGCUUUUUUGAUUGCUUGCUAUGAUAGCAACAAUGAGGAAUAUCAGAGCAUAUGUAAAAUUGGAACUGGUUUUACUGAAUCAGUGCUUGAGGAACGAUCUGCCAGCCUACGGUCCAAAGUGAUUACUAAACCAAAGCCAUAUUAUCGGUAUGCGGAGACAAUCAAUCCAGAUGUUUGGUUUGAACCUGUUGAGGUUUGGGAAGUUAAAGCCGCAGAUUUGACCAUCAGCCCUGUUCAUCGUGCUGCUUUUGGUGUUGUGGAUCCUGUUAAGGGCAUUUCUCUCCGAUUUCCACGACUUCUUCGUAUACGAGAAGAUAAGAAUCCAGAACAAGCCUCCACUUCUGAGAUGGUUGCAGAUAUGUAUAAUGCCCAAAAGAAUAACCACAGAAGCAAUCAAGAUGAAGAGGAAGAUGAUUGAUUGCAUGUUUUCAGAUUGACCAAUUGGAUCACAUGCUCUGCACAAGUCUCUCCAAUUAACUACCUCUUGGCAAAAUGUUACAUGUUUGCAUAACAAAUGGUUACCAAACAGAGGUCUAUGAGUUGCCAAUAAUCUAGUCAAACUUUUGGCACAAAAACAUGUGCUUUUUCUUUGGUACCAAUAGUCUAUGUGUGAUGGAUGAACCAGACCAUUUCUAAAGCAACCUAAUCCUAUUUCUUUUAAUGACCGAUGAACUUCUCGGUGGUAGAGUCUUAGGUUUCAAAUGUCUUAACAACCCUAAAUCCAUAAAUUAAGAAAC